CUUUUCCUUUUUUUUUUUUUUGAACACCUCCUCUAGUUUAAGUUGCCGUAUUAAACUGUAUGCUUUCGAUAUGUAAAGUUAUAAAAUAUUAUUUAAAAUAAAAAAAUAAAUGAAAGAGUAUAAAUACUUAAUUUCAAGUCUAAUGGAAAUUUUCAUCACAGUAACAAAAUAAGUUAGACUGUCAAAUAAUAAAAAUUUUUUUGAUGGAUAAAUCAAAAAUAGAAGGAAAAAAAGAUUAAUGAGGAAAAGAGAACAUUCGUACAAAUUACAAAUUAUUGGCCACACUUAUAGAAAUAAGGAACAUAACGUAAAGCUUGUGAGAUUGAAUUUUAUGAAAAUUUAAUUAGUUGUUAAUUGAAAUAAAUUUAACGAAAUUCGUUGUAAAUAUCGCAAAGCAUACAUUGAGGAUUGAAAGGAUUUUUAUUUGGUUAAAAAAAAUUUCAAAAAAUUACAUUAACUUAUUUCGUGUUUGUGGGUUAUUGGUGUGAAGUGGAGCGGAGUUAUUGCAAAUCAUAUAGAGACUGCACUGGUUGUCAUUUCUAUACCACAACAAUGGGUUAUGAUUUGCAUCGUUUUCAAGGCGAAGUUGAUGAAGAGUUAACAUGUCCCAUCUGUUCUGGUGUACUAGAGGAACCCGUUCAGGCUGCUAUGUGCGAACAUGCUUUUUGUCGAGCUUGCAUUAACGAGUGGCUGUCACGUCAACCCUCAUGUCCUGUGGAUCGUAACUCUCUAACCGCGGCUAAUCUUAGAGCUGUUCCAAGGAUACUAAGAAAUUUAUUGUCACGCCUUUCCAUUACUUGUAAUAAUGCCGCCCACGGCUGUACACUAAUACUUAAAUUAGAUGCACUUAAUUCACACUUGGAAGAAUGUGAGCACAACCCCAAACGGCCAUUGCCAUGUGAGAAAGGCUGUGGCUUUGUUAUACCCAAAGAUGAGCUAAAGGAUCACAAUUGUGUGCGAGAAUUGCGCACAAUGAUAUUAACCCAGCAACAGAAAAUGAGCGAAAUUAAAACAGAGAUAGCUGAUCAAAAUAUAAUUGUCAAUGAACUGAAACGUGAACUGCAGCUAUUUAAGGAUUUCAUUCGCGCGAUGAGAGUCUCGAAUCCGGCUAUGUGUGCUAUAGCUGAUCAAAUGGAGCGUGACGAAGUGAUUCGUUGGAGCAGCACUUUGGCCAGGGCCCGUGUAACACGCUGGGGUGGUAUGAUCUCAACACCAGAUGACGCUUUACAGAUGAUGAUUAAACGCGCUUUAUCGGAAUCUGGCUGUCCACCUCAUAUACUUGAUAAUCUAAUGGAAAAUUGCCAUGAACGACGCUGGCCGCGUGGCCUUAGUUCGCUGGAGACCAGACAAAAUAAUCGUCGCAUUUACGAUAAUUAUAUAUGUCGUCGUGUCCCAGGCAAACAAGCUGUUUUAGUGCUUAGCUGCGAUAAUGCUCAUAUGUCUGAAGAUGUAAUUGUUGAACCGGGAUUGGUGAUGAUUUUUGCUCACGGCAUAGAAUAGGGUUAUAAUUAAUUUAGAAUUUAACUGAUAGUUCUUUUCAGAAAUCAUUGAAAAUCUUCUUAAGAAUUCCUUAUACCCAAACAUUCAUAUAUAUUUAAUAAUCUAUAAAAUAUUUGUUCACCUGAAUGCUGAGUACUAAUUUUAACUGCUUAUCACCUUUCCUUUUUUUUGUCGAAUGAAAAUAUUCCCGAAAGUUAUUUUCAGUUUUAUUUAACUUACGAUAAAUAUGCACACUUUACAUUGCCUCACAAUUACAUUAUGAUUAAUUAGUUAGUGAUCUCUUGAGUAUAAUUUAAAUAAUCGUCUUGAGUUUAUAUUUGCAUACUUUUAAUAUUAAUUUUAAGAAGACCGGAAUAUGCUUAUCGUAAAAUUUUAAUUCGUAGUAUAAGUCAGGCCCGUAUCGAAGAUUAUUUUUAUGUAUUACCUAAGAAUGAAUGGAUGGAGCGUUCGAAAAAUUUUCCUAUAUCUAUAAAUUUUGGAAAAUAGAAUAUAC